AUGGCGGGACCAUUGUAUCUCGGGUUUGAUCUUUCGACCCAGCAAUUGAAGGCGAUCGUGAUAGCCUCGGACCUAAAGGUCAUUUCCGAAUCAAAAGUCGAUUUCGACGCCGACUUUGCCGCCAAGUACAAGAUCAAGAAGGGCGUACUGACGAACGAAGAUGAGGGUGAAGUGAUUUCCCCCGUCGCUAUGUGGGUUGAGUCCGUGGACCUUGUGUUAUCACGACUUAAUGAGAAGGGAUGUCCUAUCAAUGAAAUUAGGGGUAUUAGUGGUUCUGGCCAGCAACACUCCAGCGUAUACUGGAAUGAAAAUGCCGAGUCUGCGUUGCGGAACCUUGAUAGCGGGAAGGCAUUGCUCGACCAGUUAUCCAACGUCUUCGCCUACGAAUUCUCUCCGAAUUGGCAAGACCACAGUACUCAGACGGAGUGUGAUCACUUCGAUGCUCACCUAGGCUCGAAGCAGAAAUUGGCUGAGGCCACGGGCAGUUCUUCUCACCAUCGUUUCACAGGUACCCAGAUUCUAAGAAUGCGACGAAGACGCCCCGAAGUCUACAACAACACCGCCCGUAUCUCGCUCGCCUCCUCAUUCCUAGCCUCUCUAUUCCUCGGGGACAUCGCACCGAUCGACAUCAGCGACGUGACCGGCAUGAACCUCUGGGACAUCGCCGGUGAGAAGUGGAACGAGUCGCUCCUCGAACUAACCGCAACCAAGGAGGGCGUACCAGAGCUGCGCAAGAAGCUCGGCGACGUACCACUAGACGGCGGCGGGAGCCUCGGUAGUAUCUCGUCCUACUUCGUAGAGAAAUUCGGAUUUAGCCCCGAAUGCCAAGUUGCGCCCUUCACUGGCGACAACCCAGCGACAAUCCUCUCCCUGCCGCUCCGACCGCUCGACGCCAUCGUAUCCCUCGGCACGUCCAGCACGUUCCUCAUGAACACACCGAGCUACAAGCCUGACCCCUCGUACCACUUCAUGAACCACCCGACGACCAAAGGGCACUACAUGUUCAUGUUAUGCUACAAGAACGGCGGUCUAGCGCGCGAGAAAGUCCGCGAUUCCCUCCCCAAACCAUCCGGCUCCGACCCUUGGGAAACAUUUAAUAAAAACGUUCUCGACACACCACCACUAGACGUAAAGAAAGAAGGCGAUAAGGCGAAAUUGGGGUUAUACUUCCCGCUUCCCGAGAUCGUGCCGAAUGUCAAGGCGGGAACUUGGCGAUACACGUGUGAUAGUAAAGAUGGAUCGGGAUUAGAGGAGACGGGCGAUUGGGGCGCGCAGGCUGAUGCUAGGACGAUUGUUGAAUCCCAGGCUCUAUCUAUGCGUCUACGUUCUCAAAACUUAGUCUCUAAACCACCGAACCGUCCCGAGUUACCCGCGCAACCGCGUCGUAUUUACCUCGUCGGCGGUGGAUCCUUAAACCCGGCCAUUGCGCGCGCGUUCGGUGACGUCCUAGGUGGAGCCGACGGCGUGUACCGCCUAGACGUCGGUGGUAACGCAUGCGCACUCGGUGGUGCGUAUAAAGCGCUCUGGGCUCUUGAGCGCAAAAACAGCGAUGAGAGUUUUGAUGAUCUGAUUGGUAAGAGAUGGCGUGAGGAGGAUGCUAUUCAGAAGGUGUGCGAUGGAUAUCGUGAUGGUGCAUUCCAGGCUUACGGUAACGUAUUGGGUGCGUUUGAGGAGAUGGAGAAUAGGAUUCUGGAUGUUGCGCAUAAUUAG